UGAAGGCUUGCGAAGCUUCUACCCUUGGCGCAGUGAUAAAAAACUUGGCUAUCGCAUUGAUGGGGCCGGAGAAGGUGCUUGAGGCCAAGUUUAGAGGCAAUUCAUCAGUAGAGGGAGACGAAUCUACUACUGAUACAACACGUAUCACAGCUGAGUUUGUUGCGGACGUUAUACUUCUUACCAGACUGGCGAUACGGAGAAUUGAUAUAUAUUCCAAGCAACACAUCCUGAAGAUCAUGCGAAAGGAGGAGAAUGAUAAAGUUAAACUCCGUAAUCAGACAAAUAUUGAUGUAAUACCAACGGGUUCUGCAGGACUGAGCCUUGUAGAGAGGAAGAAGUUUUUGUCGGACCAGCUCAUAUCGGAGCAAGUGACGACUCUCAUUUCCAACGGAUUUUGCAAUCUACGCAAAUUAUAAACAUCAGAACUACUCAUCAUCAGCAGCAGCCCCCCCCCCUCCUGUC